AUGGCACGCUCCACAUCCAUAGAGAGCAUAAAUGAGCUGACCUGCAUGCCGCCCUUCCGGGUGCUUCCGCGCCCACUCUCCGACAUCAGCGCCUGCCCACUGGCUCGCCGCCUGCCGGCCAAGGCGCUGCGUGUCUGCUUCCUGCGCAACAUGAAUCAACAUUUUGGCGGCGUGUGCUUGCCCGUGUCCAAGAAACGCUACCAGGAGUUCCAGGCGCUGCUAGAGGCAGUCACGGUGGCGUUCCGGCCUCACGUCUGCCUCAAGUCGGCCAUAACUCGCAUUUUUCGCAUCAAUGGCACCGAGCUGCUGUCCAUAGACGACUUCUGCGAGGGCGACGUUGUGGCCUGCUGCUGCCAGUACGAGCCCUUCAUGGACGUGGGCUACAAUGUCAAUCAGCACUACAUGCGGAUUCUGGGCUCCCUCAUCCGAAUGCGUGAGAAAAUUGAAGAAGACGACGAGGAGGACCCGCCCCUAUCAGACGACGAUGGCGUCAUUGACUACAAGAGCUGCGAGCUGCCACAAGCCAUACUCCUAUACCUGGAUGUGACUAAGCCCAUCUGGAUAAACAAGUCGACGGUGAUAUUUGAGGGCACGGGCCGAGCCCGCAAGGAUAAGGACUACAUCAUCAAAAUGGUAGACAAGGAGCACAUGUGCUCGCGCACCAAUGACACCUACUUUGAGAUUGAAAUCUUGCGCAAGUUGCAGGAUCACCCGAAUAUCAUUGACCUGAUAUACACGGUGGAGCAGUUCAAAUACAUUUACAUUGUCAUUGAGCGUCUGGACUGUGACCUCUACGAGCUGCUGCAGAAAAAGCAAGUCUUUCCCGAAUCGCUGGUCCAGAAGGCCAUGAAAGAUGUCAGCAAGGGCCUGGCAUACAUCCACGCGUGCCAGAUCAUCCAUCGUGACUUGAAGCUCGACAAUCUGCUGGUGCAGCUCGACUACUCGGCCCCCAUGGAACCCGCUGUGGUGGCGAUCAAGAUAAGUGACUUCGGACUGGCCACCUACUAUACGGGCCGGGAGAUCUACCAGUGCUGCGGCACGCCCCACUACAUGGCGCCCGAGCUGAUCAACUGCACGGGCUACGACUUCUCUGUGGACCUGUGGUCGCUGGGCGUCACGCUCUACUAUAUGCUCUUCAGUCGGCUGCCUUUCGCGCACUGCGAAUGCGAUCCCCUCGUUGUGCAGGAGUCCAUUCGAAGGAAUAACUACCACAUACCGCCCGAGCUGAAGAUGAAGGUCAGCCUGCCAGCUCAGCAGCUUGUCAAGUCGCUUCUGGUCAAGUUUCCGCAGCAUCGACUGUCGGCCAUCGAGGUGUGCCAUCAUCCAUUCCUGAUGAAUAGGCGCAGCGGGUCGCUCUAA